GGCCAUUGUUCUGGUCUUUGGCUUUUGUUAACAUCUUUAUUAUCUUAAUAUUUUAAUCAUCACUUUCUUUUAACCUUUAAUUCCCUGACAUGCAACCUCUGUUGAUAGUCUAUCAAAGCUAUUGUCCUCAUAGCAACCCUAACCAGAAGAGUCUUAGUGAACGUCAUGGUGAGAAACCUAACGAAUUAAUCCAACCUUACCAAAAAAACAAGAACCCCCCUAAAAAAAAAAGCAAGAUAACACGACCAAGAAACGCUUUUUUUCUUUACAGGGCAGCAAAACGUAACGAAAUCAUCAUGGAUCAAACUAGGAAUGGUCGUAAAGCGCUGUUCGAAAAGGAUGUUUCCAAACUCGUUGCCGAGAUGUGGCAAUACGAGCCAAAGCACGUAAAAGAUUUUUACGCUCGACGAGCAGAAGAAGAAUCUGUAAAUCACACAAGUAAACACCCUGAAUACAAAUACCAGCCCAAAAAGAAAAGCAUUCAGAAAAAGCCAUCAGGUAAACAACCGACGAUAAAUGAAGGUCAACAAAACGACACCAGUAUGAUCGAUCAUACAAACAAAGCUCAAUUGUCUUCAGAUUCACUGCCAUCAGCGUGCCUGUCACAGGAUGAUAUCGAUUCCUUGCUAAGUAGCGACAACUUUGUUAAUCUGAACCCAAACCUACUUGAUUUUACCAUGUCGACAACUAGUGAUCUUCAGGGACUAUUCUCAUUAGAUGAUAAUUUUUUUGAGUUCAAUUUGUAAUAGUAUAGAUUAUUAUUUUAUUAAUUAAUGUUAUAACUCUCACUCCAUUCACCUGUCUAAUAAAAAUUGCAUGAUAUAGCUG